AUGCCUUUGUCGUCAUUUAAGAAGCACAGAACUUUGAAGUGGCUUCGAAACAAACCUGUAGAGAAUACAGACAAUGCUCUUCAACCGGGUAGCAUCAAUGCCGCUCUUGUGCAGAGAAGCUUUUCGGAAGAAAUAACCACAUCUGCCAAGACUGAGGAUUUAUGGGCAGAGGCUAGACAAAAGCUUGCUCAAGAUAAGGAUGUGGGCCUAAUAUUGCAGGAAGCAACCCAGAUUAUUGGAAAGUCCGGUCUGAAGUUUGAGUCCCAAGGUGUAGUCGACCACCAACAGCUCCAAGGCUAUCUUAACGCCAAGGUUGAAGAGCUCAAACAGAGAGAGUGGGCAAUUCAGAUUGACGAUCGAUACAUCAAAGUCAGGGAACAGGUGGCGCGGGCCAUUCGAAAUGUCCUGGUGUUGAAAGAUAUAGUCAGCACGGCUGUAUCUGCAAAUCCUCCAGUGGCGAUAGUCUGGGCCGGUGUGACUGUGUCUCUCCUAUUGUUUAUACGUGCAGAGGAUGAAGAAAGCAACCUUCUGGAUGGACUAGAGAAAACUUCAGACUUGAUUCCUCGUCUCUGUAUGAUGGAAGAUCUCUAUCUACAUUCCAGCACAAUCGUCUCUCGCAACUUCAUGGAGAGAUUCAAAGGAGGGCUGGUAUCGUUGUACUGCAAAGUCCUCGAGUUUCAAGCUCGGGCGCUGUGUUUCUUGCAGAAGAAUGCCUUUUCUCGAACUUACAAUAACAUGUUCCACGAAAAAUGGGAUGCGCUGACACAAAGUAUUACGGGCCAAGAGAUUGAAGCCCAAAACUUCACUCGGCUUCUUGACGCAGCGGAGAGGAAGCAAGACAGAGAAUAUAUCUCGAGGGGUUUCGAAGAAGCACUCAAAGGGCAUCAGCUGCAGCAAAUAACAUCGGAUCGAAAUGAGAAAGCAAACCAAUUCAUCAAACUGCUCUAUACCUGUCCCUACAGAGACCGAAAGGAGCGAAUCGACAUUCGCGUACCCGGAACGUGCGAAUGGUUUACCAACCACUCCCAUUUUAAGAAAUGGAAUCAUACCAAGUCUUCAAGACUCUUAUGGGUCUCAGCAAAUCCAGGAUGUGGAAAAUCAGUCUUAUCAAGAUAUUUGGUUGAUGAAGUACUUCCUUCCCAACAAAGGACAAUCUGUUACUUUUUCUUUCGUGAUGAUUAUCCGGAUCAGAGAAGGUCCUCAAUUGCGCUUGCUAGUGUUUUACGUCAAAUUUUCCUGGCCCAGCCAAAUCUUCUCUCGAAUUCUGUGCUAGAACAGCAUGAUAAAGAAGGUGAAAAACUAGUUGAGUCAUUCACCGCACUAUGGGAUAUUUUUAAGGAUAUCACAGCCUCGAGUGAGUCCGAUGAAAUAAUCUGUGUGUUGGAUGCACUGGACGAGUGUCAGAAAGAUGACAGGAAGCAGCUUGUUAAAGCUAUAACGGACCUCUACUUGAGAAGUAACAUUAACCACAAGUUGAAGUUUCUUCUGACAAGUAGACCCUAUGGCAAGAUAAGCGAGGACUUUCGAGAGCUGGAGGAUCAAAUGCCUACAAUUCACCUGAGUGGAGAUGGUGAGAGCGAAUCGGAAGAAAUUUCAAAGGAGAUAGACCUAGUGAUCACAAAAAGAGUUCACGAUAUCUCUAAUCGCAAGCAUCUGGAAGACCACGAACAGACGUUCUUGCAAGAGAAGCUCACAGAAAUACCGCAUCGAACAUAUCUCUGGGUUGCUCUCACAUUGGAUUACAUUCAGGAUCUCGAUGGCUUCACAAAGGGAGAGGUUCGCAAAACAGUGCAAACAAUUCCUGAUACGGUCGAUGACGCUUACGAGAAGAUACUGAGCAAAAACAAAGACCAAUUCAAAGCCAAGCGUCUACUCCAUAUCGUCUUGGCCGCGGAAAGACCACUAUCCGUGGAAGAAAUGUCUCUAGCCGUGGCUCUAAAAAGAGAGGGCCAGGCUCGCGAUGACAUACUGGAAUCAAUCGAGCCCGCUGAACGGUUUAAAUCCACGUUACGAAAUGCCUGCGGGUUGAUGCUUGUCGUUGUUGACAAUAAGGUCUACCUUAUUCAUCAAACUGUCAAAGAGUUUCUAGUCCGAAAAUCAUCAGAGGCAGCUGAUUCAGAGUCGUUUAGCAGCUGGAAGCAUGCCCUUUCGGUAACAGAAUCGAACAAAGUUCUUGCGGAAAUAUGUGCAUGGCAUCUUGAUGCUUCUUCAGCGGCAGCAAGCCGUGGUGCUUGCUCGGUGAAAGCCUGCCUAGAUGUGUUUUUGAACUACUCAUCAACUUAUUGGACAGUUCACUUCCGUGAAGCCUGUUUCCGUCGCCAUGAUAAAAUGACGAUGUUGGCCUGUCGUCUCUGUGCCCCAGGAUCGAAAUUGCUUAAUACCUGGGCGGAUGUAUACGCGUCUUAUGAUGAGUUUGGGAGGAUGAGAUAUUUACCAAAAAAUGCCGCACCACUUGUGAUUCCAGCUUUUUUUGGACUUCAUGCCGUCGUACAAGAACUCCUGGAGAAUGUCACUGUGGAAGUAGAUACCCAAGACUCUGACCUUGGCCGGACUCCACUUUCAUGGGCUGCUGAAAAUGGACAUGAUAGUGUGGUCAGUCUGCUUCUUAGCACUGGCAAGGUGGAUGUACAGUCUAAGGACUCUACAUAUAGCCGGACUCCACUCUCAUGGGCUUCUAGAAAUGGACACGACGCUGUGGUCAGUCUGCUUUUAAGCAGUGGCAAGGUGGAUAUAGAGUCUAAGGACUCUAGUGACCGGACUCCGCUUUCAUACGCUGCUGGGAGUGGUCACGACAAUGUGGUCAGACUGCUUCUAAGUACUGGGAAGGUGGAUAUAGAGUCCAAGGACCAUGUAAAUGGCCAGUCUCCACUUUCGUGGGCUGCUGAAUAUGGACAUGAUACUAUCGUCGAUCUGCUUCUAAGCACUGGGAAGGCGGACAUAGAGUCUAGGGACUCUGACGGCCGGACUCCGCUUUCAUGCGCUGCUAGGCGUGGAUCUUAUGCUGUGGUCAGCCUGCUUCUAAGCACUGGAAAUGUGAAUAUAGAGUCCAAGGAUCAUGCAUAUGGCCAGACUCCACUUUCAUGGGCUGCUGAAAAUGGACAUGAUGCUGUCGUCGGUCUGCUCCUACGCACCGGAAAGGUAAAUGCGAGGUCUAAGAGCUCUGAUGGCCAGACUCCGGUUUCAUUAGCUGCUAAUAAUGGGUACGAUGAAGUAGUCAAUCUGCUUCUGAGCGCCGGAAAUUUGGACACAGAGUAG